AUGAAAGUUCUCAUUUGUGGAGGAGCUGGAUACAUCGGCUCUCAUCUUGUUCGGGAACUUUCAACUCAACCGGGUUACGAAAUCAUCGUCCUAGACAAUCUUUCAAAGGGACAUAUAAAGGCAAUAGCAAAAGGGGUUGCUUUUGAAAAAGCAGAUAUUUGUGAUAAAGAAGCUCUUGAACAAGUAUUCUCUAAGCAUAAGCCUGAUGCUGUAAUGCACUUUUGCGCUUCAAUUGCCGUCGGAGAAAGCGUUACCGAUCCCCUGGGAUAUUACGAGAAUAAUGUCGUUGGAACCAUUUAUUUGUUACAAGCUAUGCAAAAACAUAAUGUCAAAUAUUUUAUUUUUUCCUCUACUGCUGCCAUUUUUGGAAAUCCAGAAGAAACUCCUAUAGCAGAUGAUGCGCCGACGAAACCAAUAAAUCCUUAUGGUGACACGAAGCUUACAGUCGAAAAAAUUCUCGCUUGGACUGAAAAUGCUCAUGGUUUAAAGUACGUUUGUCUUAGAUAUUUUAAUGCUUGUGGCGCUCACGAAAGUGGCGAGAUUGGCGAGGAUCAUCAUCCCGAAACACAUUUGAUUCCUCUUAUUCUUCAAGUUGCUCUCGGUCGUAGAAAUUGUAUUAAAAUUUAUGGUAAUGAUUAUGAAACUAAAGAUGGAACUUGUGUACGUGACUAUAUUCAUGUCACCGAUCUAGCUACCGCGCACAUAAAAGCGUUAGAGUAUAUUGUGAGAGAAAACAAAUCUCAAAAAUUCAAUUUAGGUUCAGGUGAAGGAUAUACGGUUAAAGAAGUAAUAGAAGCUGCCAGAAAAAUUACCGGUCAUCAGAUUCCUGAAGUAGUGGAAGCUCGUAGAGCUGGAGACCCUGCGAUAUUAAUUGCUGGAUCAACGCGUGCAGAACAGAUUCUUGGUUGGAAACGAAAGUACAAUACAAUUGAAGACAUUGUUGCUACUGCAUGGAAAUAUCAUAAGGAUAAUAUAAAUGGUUAUGGUGAUAAUUAG